GAAACAAAAAUUGAUUUCAUCACAACAUUUAUAAAAAGAUUUCGAAAAAAUUAGAAAAUAUUAAUAAAAAUUACCGCACACUAUAACUUUCAACGUAUGAAUUGGGUUUAGAUUUAUUUUUGUUGAAUUUUUUUUUCAUUUUUCUUUCUUACAAAUAAAAACAUUUACAACAUAUAAACAAUACACGCCUUGCCCACACACACACACACACACACAUAUUAAUAACCAGCCUAUAUGCUCGCAUUUUUUUUUCGCUGGUUGUGUGUUUGGUUCAAACUGACAGCGACCAAGAAAAAAAAAAGAAGAGUAAAGAGGAUAGAAAACCGAUUUAAUGUGUCGCCACUAGUUAAAAAAAAAAUAAAUAAAUUACAAUUUAUUGUCGACGACGAUUAUGUUGUUGUUGUUGUUUAUAAUGUUGUAUCCAGAUAUUACCCGAAACUUAUCUGUACAAAAAAAAAAAUAUCCACAGAUAAUGAUGAUGAUUGGUGAUUGAUUAUAAUCAUUGUUAAGAAAAAGAGAGAGAGAGAGAGAUUAACCGCUUAUAAAAGAAAUAAUGAUCAUCAUCAUGGAACAAAGCUGACGGUUCUGAUCUCUUUAAUGUUUUUUUAUUUUCACCAUCAUUUUCUCUCAUUUAUAAUAUGUGUUUAUAUUCAGCCAAUCCAUGGUUGUUUAUUUGAGAAUUGAUUCUUAAUAAUAUGUGAUGAUUCUGAAUUUUUUUUUUUCAUGUUUUUAUAAAACCUUGAAACCGAUUCAAUCAUACACUUGAUAUAAAUGAAAUAUAUUAAAUUUUAGUAAGAAAAGGAAUCAAAUUCAAAUUCUUGAAUAUUUGUGUGCUCAACAAAUAAACCAAAUAAUCAGAUGUCGAAUUUAAAAUUUAUUCUGCCCAUUUAUUUGUAACCAAAACAAAAAAAAAAAAUACACCCACAUUCCACAUUCGACUCUCUCUCACACACACACAAAAGAAUAUUCUUGAAUUCCAUUAUUUCUAGUAUAUUCCAUUUUUGUUUAUUUUUUUACUUACACACAAUGUCAAGAAAAUUUAUAUCCAUACUAUCUGGUACAUAUAAUGUACAUGCAAAUGAAAUUGCAAGUGGUAUGCGUCAACAACAACAACAACAAUCAUCAUCAUCAUUACAACAACAACAACAACAACAUCAGAAUGAAAAUGAUCCAUCAUUAUCACAAUCAUUAUUAUCAUCACCGAAUAAUUUUGGUGGACGUUUUUCAAAUCUAUCCGCAUUGAUUACCGGUCGUACAAUUGUACCGAUACCUGAAACAAUAAAAUGUAUUGUACAUUUUCUUGAUGAUACUGAACAUAUAUUUGAAAUUGAUCGUGCCGCAAAAGGUGAAGAAUUAAUGGAUGCCGUAUUUCGUCAUCUAGAAUUGAUUGAACGUGAAUAUUUUGCAUUACAAUUUACGGAAAUAUUUCGUUCAUCAUCAUCAUCAUCAUCGUCAUCACAAUCAAGUGUUAAUCAACAACAACAACCACAACAAGAUUUAAAUGAUGCUGGUAUAACAUUGAAUUGUAAUAGUCCAAUGAUGAUGAAUAAAAGAACAAUUGUAUAUAAUAAAUGGCUUGAUCCAACGAAAAAAAUACGUAAACAGAUGCGUUUCUGUCAACAACCAUAUCUAUUACAUUUUCGUGUUAAAUUCUAUGUAACAGAAAUGACACGUUUAUUAGAAGAAUAUACACGUUAUCAUUUUUAUCUACAAAUACGUAAAGAUAUAUUAGCUGGUCAAUUAUGUCAAUCAUCAUCAUCAACAACAACAACAACAAUAACAACAACAACAAUGAAUGAUGGAAACAAUUCCGGACAAAAACAACGACAACAUGAAGAAGAACAGGAUUCUAUCAUGGCCACAUUGGCUAGUUAUGUUUUACAAUCUGAAUUGGGUGAUUAUUGUGAAGAUGAACAUAGGCCAGGAUAUUCGAAUGAAUUUCGUUUUAUACCUAAUCAAACGGAUGAAUUUUGUCGCAAAGUUGAAUCAUUACAUCGUUUACAUCAGGGACAGACACCGGCUGAUGCUGAAUGUAAUUAUCUUGAAGAAGCAAAACAUUUAGAAUUAUAUGGUGUUGAUUUACAUAAUGCUAAGGAUUGUGAUAAUCUAGACAUAAAAAUUGGUGUUUCAUCAAACGGUUUAACUAUAUAUAAAAUUAAUAAUAAUGGCGAUGAUAGUGUUCAACAACAAAAAUAUCGAAAAAUUAACAUGUUUUCAUGGGCUAAAAUUGUCAAAAUCUCUUUCAAACGACGAUGUUUUUUUAUUCAAUUAAAACAUGAAGGCACCGAACGAUUUGAUAAUUUAAUCGGAUUCAAUCUAUGUUCAUAUCGUGCAUGUAAAUCAUUGUGGAAAUCUUGUGUUGAACAGCAUACAUUUUUUCGUUUACAUACACCAAAACCAUUGACGAAAAAAUUCUUCUUUUUCUUUUCAUUGGGUUCAAAAUUUCGUUAUAGUGGUAAAACAGAAUUUCAAACAAUUGAAGAGAAUCGUCGUCGUUUAACACGUACAGAACGUAUAUUUAUUCGUAAUACUGGACGUAAUGCAACGAUGCCAGCAUCAUCAUCGAUAAUAAAAUCAUCGGCAACACCAAUAAUAACAACAAAUGGUAAUGAUCAACAACAAAAAACAAAAAUAAUGGAUGCACAGAAACAUAUUGUUAAUCUUAAAUUAUCAACAAUGGAUGGUGGUACCACAACAACAACAACAACAGCAGCAGUAACGAAUGGUUGUAUGAUGAAAGAACGUACAUCAUCAACAUCGAAUCAUCAUCUUCAAUCACAACAUCAACAACAACGAAAACAUUCACCAACAGCGUUAUCAUCAAUGGAAUCAACCGGUUCUGGUUCAUUAUCAUCAUCAUCAGCAUCAUCAUUAUUGGGGCCAUCAUCAUCAACAAACAAAAAAAUAAUAAUGAUGAAUGAAAAGAAAGCAAAAACAUUAGCUACAACAACAGCUAAAAAUGAUAAUGAUUUAUUAACAACGACAAAAUCAAUAAUUACAAAAUCAGUAUUAUCAUCAUCAUCAUCAUCACAAGGAUUUCAAUUUAUUUCUUCAUCAUCAUCAUCUACAUCGACAUCAUCAAUAGAAUCAUCAUUUAUGCCAUUAAAUCCAAUGGAUAAUGUUGAACAACAACAAUUAGUAAAAUUAGAAUUGGAAAAUGGAACCAAUGAUCUCAAUGAUCAAAAAGUUUGUUGUGAUAAAAGUGCUGCCACCAUUACAACCUCAAACAAUAACAUGAAAAUAUUGACCAAAGAUAAUAAUAAAAAAUUAAAAAUCUUUAAUAGCAAUAAUGAUGAUGAUGAUGGAAAAUCGAUAAUUGAUCCAUCAACAACAAUCAUAACUAUUGGUGGUUCCACUGUUGGUGAUCAGGCUAAAAUUUCAACAACGACAUCGACAACAUUUACGACAACAACAGCAUUUACACCAUCCACAUUGAUCUCAUUACCAUUUAUUGAUUCAAUAUCGACAACAUCAUCGGAUAAAACAAUUGGUUCAUUAACAAAUGGUACGAUAUUAGGUGAUGAUAAUAAUAAUAAUAAAGAUGCUGCCGCCAUUACUGAAACAAGCCAAACAUCAACAAUAACUGAAGAUAUUCAAUUACCUAAUGAUAAUGAUACAGAUAAUGAAGGUAAUAAUAGUUUAAUGGAUAAACAACAACAACCGACAUUUGAUUUUGAUCUGCCCAUACAUGAAUUAAUUGAAGAAUUAUAUGAUGAUGCAGCAGCAGCUAUGCCUAAUAAUAAUGAUGAUGAUGAUGAUGAUGGUACAAUCAAUCAAUCUAUUAUACCAGAUCCAUCAUCUGAUACAGAUUCACCAAUUCAUGCUGUGACCGUUACAAUGAAACCAGAUGAACAAGGUCGUUUUGGUUUCAAUGUAAAAGGUGGCCAUGAUCAAGAUUGUCGGGUAAUAUUGGUAUCACGUAUAUUACCAAAUACACCGGCCGAUUAUGCUGAACCAAAAUUACAUGAAGGUGAUCAAGUAUUAGCUAUCAAUGGAGUAGAAGUAUCCGGUUUAAAACAUGAACAAGUUGUACAGUUAAUACGAUCUACUAAAGAUAGUGGUCCAGAAGCUAAACUUGUAUUAUCGGUACUUCCGAUUGUUUGUUAUAAACCUUGUCAAUGUCCAAAUGAAUCGAUAGACACAGUUGAUCAUAAUAAUCAUUGUGAUCCACGACAAUCACCAUUUCAUUAUACACCGGUAAAUUAUUCUAUUUCAUCGAAAACAUUUCAUUCUGAACAACAGCAAUCAUUUUCACCAUCACCGUUUGUUGAUGAUGUUAAUCCCGAAGAAUCCGGUGAUGAUGAUGAUGAUGAUGACGAUAAUGGUAUGAAAGUAGAGCAUACAUCUUCAGGAGGAGGAGCAUCAUUAUUGGAUACUUCAAUGAAUCUUUUACAUGAAGGUCUACAAGGUGAUUUAUUAAUCAUACAAUUUGAAUAUCUACCACGUCGUAAUGAAGAUGAAACAAUAACGAUAGCACGGCUGUUGGAUAAUGUGCCGAAAAAUCGUUAUCUUGAUAUUGCACCAUACGAUUCAACACGUGUCAUAUUGAAUGAAUGUAAUACUGGUGAUUAUAUAAAUGCUUCAUUUGUAACAAUGAAAGUUGAAGCCAGUAAUGUAGUCAAUAGAUAUAUCGCAACUCAGGGACCACUUAAACGUACUACUAGUGAUUUUUGGCAAAUGGUUUGGGAACAACGAUCAACAUUAAUCGUCAUGGUUACACCAUUGAUCGAAGAUGGCCGAAAAAAAUGUUUUAAAUAUUGGCCUGAUGAAGGUCAAACAAUGAUUGUGAAUGAUCUAUUGGAUUUGACACUUGAAGAUUGUCAAGAUCGUGGUGCUUUUCUGGAACGUCGUUUUAAAUUGAUUGAUCCAGAAAAUAAGAAUACACAUUAUAUAACACAUUUACAAUAUUUAGCAUGGCCUGAUCAAGGUGUGCCUGAUGAUGAUACCGAUUUUCUGAAACUUAUUUUCAAAGUUCGUGACCUUCGCCAAAAAGCACCCGAAUCACCUGUCAUUGUACAUUGCAGUGCUGGAAUCGGACGUACCGGUGUACUAAUAUUAAUGGAAACGGGAAUCUGUCUGAUCGAAGCUAAUCAACCGGUUUAUCCAUUAGAAUUGGUUCGAAUUAUGCGUAAUCAACGUGCGAUGCUCAUACAAACAUCGACACAGUUUCGUUUCGUUUGUGAAGCAUUACAUCGUGUAUUUCGUGAUCAUAUUGUACGACCAUUGGAUCAAUAUAAAAUCACUGAUUCAGAUAUGGUUACAAAAAAAGAUGCAGAUGGUGAUGAAACUAAACCAUUAUCUUAGCUCG